AUGGACAUAGGAGCUUCUUUCAAUUUGACAAUCAAUUUGUCCAAUACAAAAAUAGAAUCAAUUAGAGACACGGCCUCGAUUUGUUGUCCCGCAUGUUCUAAGCCUUUCGGCACUAGAUAUCGCAAUAUAAAUUGCUUCCACGUCUUAUGUCACGAAUGUAUAGAAAACUCGACAAAAUGUAAAUUAUGUAACUCAUUAACAACUGCUGUUGACAUUUUACAUCCCAAUGAAGAACUAUUUUUAUGCCCAAAGGAAAAUUGUCGACGGGGUUUCAUAAACUUUAGUAGUGUCUCAUAUCACGUACAACUUUAUCACAGUGAAGAAGACUGGAUCGGCACUGAGAUAAUUGAUAUUCUACCCAAAUUUAACUAUGAUAUACCAGCAAUCACAAUUAAAAAAAAUACUGAACCCACUGCUCUUAAACAUAAGCAAACGCCAUCAGCAGUAAUUCCAAAGACCAAAGAUGAUUCCCCUGUGGUGGAAGAUGAUUAUCUACCAACACAUCUACAAAUACCCACUCCCGAACCAAUGCCGGUGGCUGCCCAUUCUACUAUUAACAUCUCCAUGGAGAGUGGACUAGACAUAGAAGAUUUGGAAAAUUUAAUGUAG